AUCGACACAAAGUUGUGAACAAUCAGAAUGGCGGCGCUAUUCCUUGCCAACGAGAGCGUGGGCACGGACGAUGCGUUCCCGUCGACGUUUGAAUUGAUCAUGCAGGAGCGCAUGGCGAGUGGAUUCAAGCCCGCUGCGCAGUACUUUCUUACGGCAAUCUGCGACGCAUACCCACAUGUGGCAUCGACGCUGCCGGUCCGUCACUUCCAUGAAACGUACGCGUUGGUGCGUCUGGGUAUCGAGCGAUACUGCCUCUCGAACUACGAUUGUAUGCUUGUGGAACGCUUCUACGGCAUCAAACGUAUGGAACUAACAGACACCGUCGACAUUGGCGGGAAGACAGCGUCGCAACUGAAGGCGCUGACGGAACGCGGUCGUCGACGGAGUUUAUUCUGGCAGGUUGGGGUCCCAUACUUGAAGGCCAAAGCAGACGCGUACUACCACAGCCUAUUAAACACGUCUCCAUUAUCAUCUCACAGCGCCAUCCCCCCGUCCAACGACGUCGAUGAGGAAGCAGCGCCAUCGGCCAAUCAAUCUCGACUUCAUCGGUUCUGGUGGCACUGGCGGCGCCUUCGCCUCUGGUCCGAGCUUCGAUCUUUGUUUGUCGACAUCUACCCCGCGGUGCAUUUCAGCUACGAAGGCCUAUUUUUCAUCUACCAAUGGAUGUACUUGUUUGGCCACACCAAGCACUUUACGCCGUUCUUGCGUGCAAUGCAGGUAGUGUUGGCCCGCCUCACACCCCAGGAUGUGUCGACGUUCGAAACGACGCGCACGCGCCACCGCGCCCAGGUCCUGGCGUCAUUAACCCCGUCGGCUUCCGUUCCGAACGCGUCUCGUUCGUCAUGGAGUCACACCGUUCGGCGAUGGAUGUACCAAGCGACAUGGGCCACCCUCGAUUACUCGCAGACGAUCGUCGUGGUGGCCAUCGUUGGCUUCAAGUUUAUGGAAUGGCUCCAGUCCGACAUGAACCUCCGUGGCCGACCAAAUGCCACUGGAGGGGUCUUCAAAGAAACCUCGUCGUUGCCUCCACCUCCGCCGCCUACGCAACCUGCCUUGACCCAUAGCGCCAUCUCGCUCUCGUCCGAGACUCGCCGAUGCGGACUCUGCCGCCGACCCCGCACGAACCCCGCCAGUUGCGUGUCUGGGUUUGUGUUUUGCUAUCCGUGCAUCCACUCGUAUGUCCAAGACCAUGGCGCGUGUCCCGUGACCCGAUUGCCUUGCCACGUGUCGUCGAUUUCGCGCAUUUACGAAGAAGACACUGCCGAUGCAUAAAGUUUAGUAUUAAAUAGUAGACUUUGCGACUGCCACAGUGGCAAAGCCACGUCAGCAAUCAUAUUUCGUAUCUGGUGC